AUGCGCCACCCAAAAGCGAGUCAUAAACUAUCUGGAUCACUUUUUCGGGCCUCAGUCUACAUCAUGCUCAAUGCGUCCCCUACAAUUCAUGUGCAGUCUAGCAAUGAAUUUGCCGUGUUUGGCUUUAGACGAGAGCAAUGGGGCAAUUGUAACGAGUCAUUACCCGAAGCUUUGCGAGAAUACAAUCAUGUCCAGUAUCAUCCAGCGUAG